ACCCACCGCCCACAGUCGCCAGCCCGACGCUCGGGCGGAAGUCUUUUACUUGAAAAAGACAAAGGAAAGAAGGCAUUGCCAUUUCCCAUUCCCAACAGUUCUCUCUCUCUCUCUCUCUCUCUCUUUCUCUCACAUACCGAACCGAAGAGACGAUCCCUCUUUUUCACAUCUUCUUCAGCAAUGGAGUCUCAGGGAAGCUGCUCCGUCUUCGAUCACGUCGUUCGCGCUCCCGAAGAUCCUAUCCUCGGCGUGACUGUUGCAUACAACAAAGAUCAAAGUCCAAUUAAGUUGAAUUUGGGCGUUGGUGCUUAUCGUACUGAGGAAGGAAAACCUCUGGUACUGAAUGUUGUGAGACAAGCAGAGCAGACUCUUGUCAAUGACAAGUCACGAGUUAAAGAGUACCUUCCGAUUGUUGGAUUGGCUGAAUUUAAUAAACAGAGUGCCAAGCUCAUCUUUGGUUCUGACAGCCCUGCUAUUCAGGAGAACAGGGUGACUACUGUCCAGUGCUUGUCUGGGACUGGCUCACUUAGAGUUGGAGGAGAGUUUCUAGCUUGGCAUUAUCUCGAGCGCACCAUCUAUAUUCCUGUACCAACUUGGGGGAACCACCCAAAAGUUUUCACUCUAGCAGGAUUGUCAGUGAAAACGUACCGCUACUAUGAUCCAGCAACACGUGGACUAGACUUCCAAGGCAUGUUGGAGGACCUUAAUUCUGCCCCAGCUGGAGCUAUUGUCCUCCUCCAUGCAUGCGCUCAUAACCCAACCGGUGUUGACCCGACCCUCGAGCAGUGGGAGCAGAUCAGACAGUUGAUUAGAUUGAAAGGAUUGCUGCCAUUCUUUGACAGUGCAUAUCAGGGUUUUGCGAGUGGAAGCUUGGAUUCUGAUGCACAGUCCGUUCGUAUUUUUGUUGCUGAUGGUGGCGAGUGCCUUGUAGCUCAGAGUUACGCUAAGAACAUGGGACUCUAUGGGGAGCGUGUUGGAGCCUUGAGCAUUGUCUGCAAGAAUGCUGAUGUGGCAGGCCGGGUGGAGAGUCAACUGAAGCUUGUAAUCAGACCUAUGUAUUCUAAUCCUCCCAUCCAUGGAGCUUCUAUUGUGGCUAUGAUCCUCAGAGACAGGGACAUGUACAAUGAGUGGACUAUUGAGUUGAAAGGUAUGGCUGACCGUAUCAUUAGCAUGCGCCAUCAACUCUUUGAGGCACUGCUGGCGAGAGGUACACCUGGUGAUUGGAGUCACAUCAUCAAGCAGAUCGGGAUGUUCACUUUCACGGGAUUGAACUCUGAGCAAGUUGCCUUCAUGACAAGAGAGUAUCAUAUCUACAUGACUUCUGAUGGGAGAAUUAGCAUGGCAGGCCUAAGCUCCACGACAGUCCCUCAUCUCGCAGACGCAAUACAUGCGGCAGUUACUCGAGUUGCUUAAACCGCUUCAUAUACUACAAAUUAUAAUGUAGUAUUAUCGUCCUGGAUAUUGUUGUAAUAUGGCUUAUCGGGUUAUCCCCGAUUUUUUGCAGUCUUGCAUUUCUAGUCUGGUGUAAUAAUCUUUUCAUUGCCUUAGUGAAUGGAAGGACGAUGCUAAAGCGAAGAGAGUCGGAGACAAUACUCUGUCAAGGGAAACAGUUUGAGUCAGACGUUUUCUUUUUUCUCAUAUUGGCGUAAUAUCCCUAAUUGAGCAUUGCUCUAUUUCUUUUACUUUCAAAAUAAUACUAGUGUUUAGCCGUGCAUUGCACGAGA